AUGGAGAAGGCUCUUUACCACGAAGGCCAUGAUCACACUGAACUAUGUUAUAAGAGCUUUUUUUCCAGAGAUGCAGAGACAGAGAUCGUUCUCUACCCAGCAGAGAGGCUACAUCACUUGUCAGGGUUGAUGAAGGGGUCGUCUCUGAUUGACUUUUCUACGGGUCUAGGCAUUGCCCACCUCUUGGCAAUAUCAGACUCCUUCCAGGAAAUCACUUUACUGAAUGCCAAUGAAAAUUACGUUGUAGAACUGGAGAAGUGGAGACAGAACCACACAGACUCAUUGGAUUUUUCACACUGGGCACCCACAAUUUGUGAUCUGACUGUAAACAGAGAAGAACCUCAGAAGCUGGAGGAAAAACUGAGAAAAAAAGUAAAUCGCGUCCUCCACUGCGACUUCACGAAGGAAAAUGUCACUGAGCCCCAUGUGCUUCCGAAAGUGGAUUGUGGCCUCUGUAUUUGGAGUCUUGGCCCGAUCAGCACAGACCAGGCCUCCUACACUGAAAACAUGAGAAAGAUGGUGUCCCUGCUGAAGGUCGGGGGGCACCUGGUGGUGUUCGGAGGGUUCAAUGCCAGUUAUUUUGUGUUAGGGGAUAAAAAAUAUCAUACAUUCAUGUACGAUGAGAACACGGUGAGGACGGCGAUGGCAGCCGCAGGAUGCUCCAUUAUAAGCUUCCAUUACGAUGAGAGUAAAACACCAGAUCAUAAGUUAGAUAGUACUCACAUGUUCUGUGCUUUUGCCAUUAAAGAGCGUGAGGUCUAA